AUGCAACAAAGGCAUGGAGUUAUGGGAGGUCAAACCUACUUUUUGGCACACUCAAUUAUUUCUGUUCUAAUCAGUUCUCAUUCAGCUCUGGUGCUAAAAGUUUCUGAAUUGUUAAUUUUAUUUGGAAGGUCAAAUUCAGAUGCCAGUUGUAAAGUAAAACGUCGGGUGCGUUUCCCAGAGGAUGAUGCACUAAUAUCAGACUAUUUGGAGCCGUUUCGACUAGUCCCAGAUAAUUGUUCAAGUGAAGAGUUGUUAGCAGCCUAUUUAUCCUCUUGUUAUCAAUAUAAAGUUGCGCCUAUUGAAUUUCUAUUGGAACAAUUAAAGGGUAUCGAUUUAUCGAUUUGCAAUGAACGCUACAGUCGUCUCAGUUUAAGAGGUAUUCGAUUGAAUCGAUUUCAUAUUGAAACUAUGGAGGAGAUAUUUCGACGUGUGCAUUUCAGAGAAAUAGAUUUAGAACAUACAUUUUUAGAUGAACAGUCUGCAUCAUCCUUGUUCGAUAUGCUGUUGCAUUAUGAAAGUUGUACAGAUUUGGGGAUUAGCUUAAAUUUGGAUAGAGCCGUUACUAGUCAAGCAUGGAAUCGGCUUGUUACUUACAUUAGAAAAUCAUUUGCAUUGCGUCAUUUCACUUUAAGUCAUACACCGUUGGAUAUUGGAAAUUUUCUUGGUUUAAGCUUUUAUGGUCUUUGCGUGGAGCGUUUGUCCUUUAUUGAUUGUAGUCUCUCUGGACCAGGUUUAUUUGGCUUAGCUCAAUGGUUACGUGUCUUAUUGAGUUCAUCAAGUCUACAUCCACCUGUACGUGAUAGAUCAACUAGUUCUGGUGGUGGAAUGCAUAAAUAUCGUGGAUGGAAGCAUCGAAUGCAUUCACAUUCUGUGUUUUUCCCUUUACCUAAUAAAAAUACAACACCACCAACAACAACAUCAAGUACUACUACUACAACUACAGCUAAUAAUAGUACUGGAGCUACUUCUGACACUGCCUCCAUUACUUCUCCUGCUUCUGCUGUCGUUGCUGCUACUGCUAGGACAAAGAUCACCGGUGAUGUACAUAAACCAUCUGUAUGGGAAUUAAAAUUAUGCUUAACAAAUAAUAAAUUAAUAGCAACCGAUGCUGAAACAUUAGUACCGUUAAUACGUCAUCAGUUACUUGUUCCUGUAAUACCUCAAACAAAACUUAACAUCAUAUCGAAUAAUACCAAUCAUGACGAUUCAUCAGAUAAAUUAAUAAAUGAUUCGUGUAAAAAAAUUCCAAAACUUCAGAAAUCUAAUUCUUUAUCAUCGCCGUCAUCAUUAUCCUCAUCAUCAUCAUUAACGCCAGGCAAUAAUCUUCCGGUUGGUGGAAUUGGCUACCUACAUGAACUGGAUUUAUCUCAUAAUAAUCUUGGUGAUGAUGGAUUAGGCAUUCUAUGCACUGGGCUACUUCAAGCUUAUCGAAAUCGUUUACGUGAUCGUUCCGCUACACCGAACAAUCAAGAGUCUAUUGAAAAAGCAGUAUCAUGCUCCUCCUCGUUAAGCGAAUCACUGAAUGAAUCAGAACUUCAGGAGACAAAACCAGAAACAGCUGACACAAACAUUCCACUAAUGAAAGUUCGUGGAUUGGAACGUUUAUCCCUUGUCAAUAAUAAUCUAGGCAUACAUGGUAUGCAAUCACUGGCGUUAGUUUUAAUGCAAACACCAGAAUCUUUGGUGUCAUUAAUCGGCGGUUUAGUCAGUUUAGACUUAAGCUGUAAUAUGAAUAUUGGUGAUAAAGGUGUUGAAAUUCUAAGUGAAGGUUUAAUCCGAAAUCAUAGCUUGAAAGAAUUAUAUCUUCGAUCAAUUCGUAUGUCGUUUCCAGGCAUAUUUGCUCUGUCCAGUUUCCUUACUGAAUCUAAAUGUUUAAAACACUUGGAUAUACGUAAUAAUGACUUAGAUUUAGCCUCUUUAAUGGCCUUAUCAAAAACGCUGUACAUUAAUAGAACAUUGACAAGUCUAUUUACAGAUGCACGUCGUCCGCUGACCAGAGAACUGUAUAUAGCCGAUAAGGACAAAGAAUUAUUUGACUCUUUAGUUAAAAAUAUUGAAGCCAAUCUGAGACGGAAUCGUCUUGAACCAGAACCGCAUAAUAACGACAAUAAUAAUAAUAAUAAUAAUAAUAAUAGUAAUAAUAAUAAUAGCAAUAACAAUGAGACCAGUAAUGAUCAGAAUAUUAACAGCAGUAAUAACAGUAGUGGUAAAGAUGUUGCAUAUACAAACACUGAUACAACAACAUCCAUUAAUAAUAAUAGUAAUAAUGAUAAUCCAACUGUAGAUGUUGUCAAUCAAUCUGUCUCAUCACAACAGUCUGAUUCAGUCAUUACGAAUAUCUCCAGUCCAGUCGAUGACGAUAGUAAUAAUAAUGAUCAUCAAUCCAUAAUGAAUAAUCAUGAUGUAUUACCAGUGGAGAAGACAGAAUAUUCAGAAGAGAUGUUAAUAGCAACAGACGAUAUUACUCCAGUUCAUGAGAGUGAUAAUAAUAAUAAUAAUAAUAACAACAGCAACAAUAUCUCAGAUGAUGUAUGUAAAGUGAAUGAUGAGAAUGAAAGUGUUGAAGGAAUGCUGAAUGACCAUCUGAAGUAUCCAAUGAAUUCCAUUGAUGGCGAUAAUGAUCCGUUAUAUGAAUUAACUGAUCAUUUCAUGAACUCUAAACCAUCACCACCACCACCAACAACAACAACAGAAUCAACAGCAGAGUAUGCUGAUAUAACAAAUGUCAAUGAUAGAAUUUUAAAAUUAUCCGUUGAUGAAUUAACUGAAGACGGGGAUGAAGAGGAUAAAUUAAUAACCAUUCCUUUAUCUAAUGAUACUUCUAAUAGUAUUAUACCAAAUAUACAAACUGAUAAUCAAUAUGAAUUAUCGAACAAUUCAAAUGAUGCUGAUUUGUUCAAUUUAAAAUCCGCGGGAAAUUUAUUUCCUGUUGAUACAGUAAAACAAAAUUAUAACAAUAUAAAUAAUUCUAUUGAUCCUAGUGUUCAUAUAAAUAAUGAUAACUCAAAUGAAGGCAUUUAUCAUAAAAAUGUUAAUAAACAAAAGUUAAAGAAAAAUAAACGAAACACAGUUGAACUCUUGCUUCUUUUUUUUCUAAACCCUGUAUACUGUCCUCCUAUCGGCUGUGAUUACCUUUGCAUUCAGUGUAAAUGA